AUGUUAAAAAAUGCAGGACAGGUAGGAAAUCUGAAAUCAUCUCCAAGAGUUUCUACACCCCGAACAGUGAUGAACAUACCUACAAAUAUUAAAAGAAAUGUAAAGAACACCAUGCCUGCGUUUGAAUGGUUCAAUUUAAUAAGGAACUGUAAAGACAUACCUAAAAUGUUAACCUUUUUCAUAUCAUCAUUGCUGUUGAAAAAAUGUCAUAAAAUUGCCAGACCUAAAUUGUCAAAUUAUUAUAACAAUCUAAACAUUUAA